AUUAUGCUGCCUUCUCCUUUGUUUGUCAAAUUAUUUUGGUCUCCCUUGUUAGACUUCUUUAAUUAUGUUUAUAAUUAAAUUGUAUUGUAUUUUAUUACAAUAAAAUGCCUUCCAACUUUUAAAAAAUUACUAUAUAUUUCCUAGUUAAUCUAAGUGCUAACCAGCCAUGGAGAGGAAAAGUAUGAUAAAUUGGGUAUUUGGGAUGUUGUUGGUUGCUGGUUUGACUGGUGGAGUAAUCAGUAGCGGUGAUGGCGGUGGCCGGGCUGGUUCAAGCAGCUGUGGGUUUCCGGCGAUAUACAACUUUGGCGACUCAAAUUCGGACACCGGCGGUCGAUCAGCCGCCUUAGACGAGCUGCCUCCGCUCAAUGGUGAAACCUUUUUUGGCAAGCCCUCCGGAAGGUUCUGUGAUGGUCGUCUCAUCAUAGAUUUCAUAGCUGAGAAUUUGGGGUUGCCAUACUUGAGUGCCUAUCUGGACUCAAUUGGCACGAAUUUCAGGCACGGUGCAAAAUUUGCGACAGGAGGUUCCUCCAUCCGUCCAGGCGGCUAUAGCCCUUUCCACCUAGACCUUCAAAUCUCUCAAUUUACACAAUUCAAGUCGCGCACUACUUCACUCUAUAAGCAACUCAGUGACAACAACAGCCUAGGACACACCGGUUUACGGUUAAUUUACAUUGAUCCAAGGAGAUCCCCACCAUUUAAAAGCAGUCUCCCUAGGCCCCAGGACUUCUCGAAGGCUCUGUACACAUUUGACAUUGGACAGAAUGAUAUUGCCUACGGUUUACAACAAACAACAGAGGAACUAGUCCUAGCAUCCAUUUCCGAUAUCCUAGGCAAGUUUUCACAAGCCUUGCAUCAACUAUACAAAGAAGGGGCAAGAGUCUUCUGGAUACAUAACACUGGCCCAAUUGGCUGCUUGCCAAACAGUGUUAUAUACUACCAGCUGAAGUCCGGCAAUUUAGACCAAAACGGAUGCGUGAAGCCUCAAAAUGGAGUGGCUCAGGAGUUCAACAGGCAGCUUAAGGACAGGGUGUCCCAGCUAAGGGCACAGCUCCUGUAUGCAGCAUUCACAUACGUUGAUGUGUAUUCUGCUAAAUAUGCAGUUAUUAGCAAUGCGAAGAAUCAAGGAUUUGAUGAUCCAUUGAAAGUCUGUUGUGGCAGUUAUUAUGGUUAUGGUUAUUAUCACAUAGAUUGUGGUCAAACAACGAUAGUGAAUCGAACAAUGCAUGAUAAUUCAUGUAGUAAUCCAUCAAGCCACAUAAGUUGGGACGGCGUACACUACUCUGAAGCAGCCAAUCAAUUGGUCACGAACCUCAUUCUCAACGGUACCCUGUCUGAGCCUCCUGUUUCAAUUUCAGAGGCUUGUCACAGUUCCAUGAAUGUGUAAUCAAAUAUCAUCAUCUGUAAUAGGCAACCAAGGAGCAAAACAAAGAGAUCCCUCAACUGGAGAGGGGAGAAGAGUGUCUCAAUGAAAAGGAAAGAAGAAAAAUGUCAUGUUUUGUUUCAGAAA